AUGUUUCGAGGGACAAACCCCGCCUCAGGGUAUUCUCCUAAGCCCGCCGCGGGUCGGGCUGAGGCGGGUGAGGACAGCCCUCCCCUCGAGAAGGGUGCGGGGCAGACGUUCAUUUUACGCGAAGUCUCUGGGUUUCGGCGGGAGGAGACGGGGAGAAGCCAGGAGGGGGCAGACAGGAGCGAAGGCCCCCCGGGCCCGCCCAGGCCCGCUGGCAGUUCCAGCCCGGGACCCGGGCAGCCCGCGAGGAGCACGGAACCCGCGCCAGGCGGUCCCCGAAUCCGCCCGCAGCCCGCGCGCCCAUCGGGAGGGACCGGCAGGCUCCGGGAGCGCCAGAAGCGAGCCGGCGCUGCGGACCGCGAGUCAACGCCCACCGCCGUCCGCAUCCCCACCGCCGCCUCCCGUCGCCAUAACAACCGGCCCCCGCCCGCCAACCCGCGCGGCCCGGUUACGCACCGGCCGCGGCCCCCCGGCGCGCAGGGAGAGCGCCCCCGCCCUCGGCGCCGGGGAUCCGGGCGGCCUCGCGCUCCCGCCCCCCCCCGCCGCUGCCGAACGCCACGCAGAGGCGCCCCCUCCCGCCGCCUGGGAGGAAAGCCCUCGUGCCCCCGGGACUUGACUGCAGAAUUAAAAGAGCACCCCAAGGGCCUGGAGCCCUCCCGCGCGCUCCCCGGCACCCUGCACCUGCCCGGGUCCCCUGCACCUGCCCUCUCCCGGGCUCCAGGGCGCGCGAGGCCGCCAGCCCACGGCGGUGCCCCGCGCCCGGGGCACGGCGCUCCCGGGGAGCAGGACAUCCCCGAAGGCGGCAGCGCGCCGGAGGCGGGGAGGAGCCCGGCGAGCGGCGGCGGCAGGAAGUCUGUGCCCGAGACGAGCAGAAAUAAGAGCCAGGGAGGGACCGCGGCGGCGGCGAGAGUGAAAGAGGAAACUGCAGAAGAGGAAGCUCUUGCCGCAGCACGAAGUGUCCUCCGGCUCCCGCGCCGAGCAUCCCCGCGCGCGCGCCCCAGACCUCCCGGACGGGCUCGCCGCCGCUCCCUGCGCCCCUGUCGCCGGGCGCCCCCUCCUCAGCGCGCCCACCCCGGCCCCACGCGCCGCGGCCGCGCCGCCUCGCCGCCCUCCGCACACGCCGCCCUCGUCUGCCAUGGCCCGGGAGAACGGCGAGAGCAGCUCCUCCUGGAAAAAGCAAGCUGA